UCGUGACGUUAUAAAACUGCGCGUUUACCAAAGCUAUAAACAACGCCUGAUUUCAUUCGCUGAGAGCAUUUUGAGAGGGACUGAUGCUCGGGUAUUAAUAAAAUCUACCGAAGCAGAAGGGAUAAUUUUACGUUUUCUAUUUAUGAAUGUGUCACCAGUUGGAAAAAUGACUUUAACUUAGUGAAAAGUGUAGGAUUUUUUUUCCUUGUGAAAUAACACUGUUAUAUAAACACUUGAGUGUACGACAGAUCGGACUAAGAUAGCUUUUCUUCUGUAUAUCGAUAUAACUUCAUGUACAUCAAAAAUAUGUUGCAGACGAUAAUGUAUUGAAAGAAGUUUAUUGCGCGGAUUUUUAAACGAUACCAUAUACUUUGGAACUAACUGUGAUUAAUUAAAUAUAGAACUAGAUUUUCUUACAGAGUUUAAUUCUGUCACUGAAAAUCGGUAAUAUAUAUAUUUAGAGUAGACCCUCUUGAAAGCUAUCCAGAACGUUUUGUGUUGGGAUGAACACCUAAGUUUGAUCCCACAUUUCUUGUUAAUAAAUAAAAAAUGUUAAUUACUGUUUUAGAUAGUUAAGAUUCUGAUAAUCUAUCGAGCAAACAAACUCGAGUGUACGAUUGAAAGAUCAGUGCUUGCUAAAGAAAGAAGGGGAAAGAAAAACGCUACAAAAAGUAAUUAAAGAUGGAGAUGCGUCAUACAGAUGUACUAGGUAGAAGUGUCAAUGUCGUUCAUCUCGGACUUCUUAUCCUACUUGGUCAGAUGGCAGUAUGUUACAGUCAGUGCUCCGACAAUCAGAUCGAGGUUGGUUUUAACGAAACCGUCACGAAAUGUUGCGACACGUGCAAAACCGGAACCGGUGUUAGCGUACAAUGUUCACCAAGUGAAAAUACUCAAUGCCAAAAAUGUAUUCCAGGAAAAACGUAUUCUGAUAGUAAUUCUUUUGAAGAACCUUGUAAACAGUGUUCAACAUGUGGAAACAACUCUCAUUUUAUUCUUCACCCAUGCAACGAAACACAAAACACAAUAUGUGUGUGUCCGGACGGGUCAUAUUAUGACCCUGUCUCAGACCAAUGUAAAUAUUGCUUCCUGUGUCAUCCUGGAAGAGGUGCUGUGACCAAAUGUGGUUCUACAAAUAACACAGUUUGCGGAGAAUGCGGUAAUGGCACUUACUCAAACAAGCUGGAUUCGUUUUCCAAAUGCACGCCGUGUACCAUAUGUAAGGAAACCGAAGUGGCUCUGAAAGAGUGCACUCCGUCGGAAGACAGAAUAUGUUUUAGUAUGCAUGCAGGGGGAGUUGAACCAAGGUACAACAGCUCCACGCCGAUUGUUUACACGCACGACGAUGACGACGAUGGUGACGUCAUUCCAAUUUAUUGUUCCGUCCUUGGCUUAGUCGUGGUUGGUCUCCUUUGUUACGUAGUCAUCAAACACUGGCGAAGAAUGCGUGCGAAACGACGCCACAAAGCACCGUGCAGUCACGAGGACGUAGAAUACUCCAAGGCAUCUGGUGGUGACAGCGGUAUAUUUGUAGAUAACGAGUCGCCAAAAAAUUAUUCGUAUUGCCUUACAUCACGUGUCCGAGAUCUUCCAAUAUCUAAACGAACAGAGCUUGAAAAGAUUCUAUCUUCACCACAGUCAGAUAGUUGGAAAAUGCUGGCUAAAGAACUUGGUUACAGUAACAAAAGAAUGGAACAGUUUGAAUCUAAAAAGAAAAAUGACACAAACAGUAGUUUUAAACACAUGCUACAUGACUGGGAGCGCAGAGAUAUUGCUAUAGUCAGCCAUCUUUUACAGUGCUUACGUAACAUUGGGCGCGAGGACGCCGCGCGGAUACUAUAUUUAGACUCCACAGAGGGGAGAACACAACUUUUGGUCAAACAACAACAACAAAAUCAUGUUGUGUGACUACACUAAAGGCCUUCAUAUUUUUAUUAUGUUGAUAAAAUCAACAUGAUAUCUGUAGAUCUCUAUGUUAUAUUGUGACUGGCUCGGCAUUGAUUGAACUCCGAAUCUUUUUAUACAAAAAGAAGGCAUGAUCUGCCAUGUUGGAUUUUAAUGAUCUAUUUAUAGAAAUGUGACGUAAUUAACUUCCGGUCAAAGUUAAGAAAAAUGCCGGAUGUUUAGUACUGUCAAAGUGAUUGUGAUAGUGAAGUGUAGAUAUUAAGAAGUGCUUUUUCAUUUAAUGAAAAAUGUUCUUUCAUGUUUUAUGUUUGACGCUGAUGGCGCUGAACUAAUGACGUCAGAGGAGACAAAAAUGUUUGAUGAACGCCGUUAUGAUUGUUUAAUCUCAUUUAUCAUGACUUUAUAAUAUUGCUCAUUUUGUUAUUUUCUACAUGAUUAAUCAACUCAAAUAACAAGUUGGAGAUUAUCAUUCUAUUUUUUAUUUAGCAUGUAUAUAUAUAUAUACAUGUACAACAGUGCAUAAUUAAACACUUUUCUGAAAUCCAUGGAUCUCGUGAAAUCGUUUGACGAAUUUGGGCGAGCUACUCAGAUAGUUUUCUUAAACUGUGUCUAGUUUUUUUAAAGUUGUAUCCACUUAUGUCUUUCAGGUAUUAAACUGUUAAUAGUAGAAAUGAAGUAUGCCUUGUUAAAAUGACCACAGUAGAUGUCAUACUCGUCUGUUCGUAACUAUGCAGUGAAUCUAUUUAUAGAUUCUACUGUCUGUAUCAAACUUUGUUAAUUCGAACACUGUUAAAGCGAAUUCUUGUUUAUUACGAACACAGUUUUACUUCUCGAUAAAUAUAUACAAUUUGUUUAGUGUCCGAUGAUAAAAAUCGUUCCAAAAAAAAUUAUAAUAGGAUAAUACAUAACAUGCCAUGGGGUAAUUAAAGGCCCAUUAUGCCCUAGAAAUGCUUUUAUGGUGCGAAAUAUUUUUUUUAUUUUUUUUGUAUCCUGUAAAAGAUUCCAAAAUGAUACUAAUUGGCCAAAUACCUGUACCAUCUUUAAUGUCUGUUUCUUUCUAGCAAUGAGAUUAAGUGUUUUGUAUAGAAGUCAAAAUAGAGAUCUACUACUUUGUUUACAUUUUGCUACUUUUAUAACAAAUAUUGUUACAUUCAGCUCUACUUUCUUCAGAUGAUAAGCAUCUUACAGACAUAAAACCAUUAUUUAAAUGUUAUAAAACUAUUGUUUUUACCUUUUCUAAAGGAAGUAAAAUAUUAUUUGUUUCUGAGGGACAAUAUGCCUUUAACAUACAGCAAUCAGGUGUUUCUAAAAGAAGUAGAUAUAUACAUAAUGCAAAUUAAGUGGACAUUAAAUUUUUCUACAUAUGUUUAGCUAAUACAGUUCAAGAAAUCCAUUGACUUUUUUUUCUAGAUUUUAUAUUGUAAGUUAAUCAUAAACGAAAUAUUACCAUUAUGUACAAAUUUGUUUUUGUUUCUUUAAUUUUCAUAUUUUUCUGUGAUAGUGUGUAAGAUUUUAUUAUAAUAAUAACAUCACUUCAAAGUUUUUGAAGGUGGUUAUUAUUUAAUUCUUAAAUUGGGCAAAAUGUAGACGUCCGGUUUAGUCUCAAUUACAAAUCCCUUCUCUACAUUCUCUACAGAUGGAACCGGAAGUGAGAAGUCGUUGCUAUCAGUAAUGAGCAAGCCCAGUUUGUGCGUUCGUGUUUACACUGUUGGUAGCAUAUUUUCUUCUUAUUAAAAAUGGACUGAUCCAAAUUCAAAGCAGGGCAAAUCCAUUACAAAAAAAUCAGCAGCUUUAAGGGUUAAUUUACCACCGUGCUGCUCAGCGUAGUUCUAUUAAGCUAUAGAUGUAGGAAGCCAUUAGAGGUAUUUGCUCCCUACCCUAAAACUAAUGCGCAGGGAGAUAACUCAUAUAAAAUUAUGUUUGUGGAUACAUAGGUUGUUUCCCUUGAUUUUUUUUUAAUUGCACGUGCAAGUUACGAUUCCAUCUAUGAAGAAUGUGUAUUCUUGCUCUUUUUUUCUAAUUGCAAUAUAUGUACAUGUCAACUUUGUUAUGUAUUUUAUAAAAUAUUAUACUUGCCAUUUUCUGUUUCAUUAAAAAAAUAAAAAUAGAUAAAAAAUAA